CACCCCAGGUCCUAAAAAAUGGGGGGCCCGAGAGUCCAAGCACCCCCAUAAACCCAGGACAGUAGGGCACAAAGACCCUUGCCAAAACCCAGGACACCCAAACCAUCGUGGCAUCAAGGCAGGCGAGAAGAAUUGUUAUCCCAAACCAUAGAAACACAGAGAGAGAGAGAGAGAGAGAGGUGGGCAAUUGCCGUAAAUGACGGUGUCCCAUUUUCUCUGCGCUGUGCCCAAGACCCUUGACGCCUUGUUUACCGUUGCAUCGUCGUCUCGAUUCGUCAAUCAACCCAUCGGAAAACUUAAACACUUUUCAGCUUCUUCUAUAUUACCAUCAAUAAUAAUCCCUCAACCCCAUCGCCGCAACUGCACUGCUGUUUCUGUACCUUCUACUAGUGAGGGACAACAACUAGUCAGAAGCCCCCAGCUCGUCGCUUUGGAAUACGCCGACCUCAAUCUCUCCGACAGUUUUUCCGAGGAGGUGGGUCAUGUUCGAAUCCGGCAGCAUGUUAACCCUCUCAGUGCGUCAUUCUCGGCGCCAGCACCAGUUCCAAAGUGGAGUGAAGUGUACAGGGACCCAACGUUGCCACUUGUAGUGGAUGUAGGGAGUGGUAGUGGCAGAUUUCUCAUGUGGCUAGCAAAAAGAAAUCUGGAAAGAAGUCAGGAUCCCAAGAAUUAUUUGGGACUCGAAAUACGGCAGAAAUUGGUCAUGCGUGCUGAGUACUGGGCAAAUGAGCUGGCUUUAUCUAAUAUUCAUUUCAUAUUCGCAAAUGCCACGGUUUCUUUCAAAGAACUCGUAUCCACAUACCCUGGACCCUUGGUGUUAGUUUCCAUCCUGUGUCCGGACCCGCAUUUCAAGAAAAAGUAUCAUAAAAGAAGGGUUGUUCAGAAGCAUUUAGUGGAAUCUAUUGUAGAUUGUCUAAUGCCAGGAGGACAGGUAUUUAUACAGUCUGAUGUGCUUGAAGUAGCACUUGACAUGAGGGAGAAGUUCGACGCCUUUUCAGAUGGGCUUCUGCACGUCGAAAAAUUCGAUGCAGACGUGCUUUGUGACAACGAGGGAUGGUUACUCAGUAAUCCAAUGGGGAUACGGACGGAGAGAGAGAUCCAUGCAGAAUUCGAAGGCGCAAAAAUAUACAGGAGGCUGUAUCGGAAGCGGAUAUGACAUCUCCGUCCAGCUUUUCUUAUCAUUGCUUCUUUGCGGAGAUAGCUUGUCAUGUUGGUUUGCUCCAAUCCUGUUGUAUCAUUAGAGUAGAAUAGUUCAGCCUCCACUAAAUUUUUGCCCUGGUUUUUGUGUGUGUGUGUGUGGCUAUUUUUUACUUUUCGUAAGUUUUGUUUAGCUUUUCGUCUUAAUUUUUGAGAUUAUUCGUUCGUCUUGA